AUGGAUCUCGCCGCCACCCCCUCCAGGUCAAAAUCCAAGCCCAGAUCCUCGCCGGCGAAGCCCGUCGCCGCCCCCGCUGAGUCCAGGAUGGACCUCUGCACCCCGUCCAAGCCCACGCCCAGGCGGAAGUCCAAAUCGACGGCCUCGCCGGCGCCGAUGUCUCCGGCGAGACCCUCCACCGUCCGGCGCUCGCGCCGCCUCCUUGAAACCCCCACCAAAGCCGCCCUGGAGGUUCAGGUGAAGGCUACGCCGACCCCUACCUCCAGGGGCAAGCGCGCCGCGCCGUCACCUAAAACCCCUGCUCAGCGCGAGCCCAAGAGGCAGAAGCGACACCUGAGAAAGAGGGCAUACUACCGGAAGGUGGUGUAUGACGGCGGGGAGUUCGAGGUCGGUGAUGACGUGUACGUGAAGCGGCGGGAGGCGGCGGAGUCUGACGCGGAGGACCCUGAGGAGGAGUGCCGCGUAUGUUUCCGCACCGGCGGCGGGGUUAUGGUGGAGUGCGACGCGUGCCUCGGCGGAUUCCACCUGCGUUGCGUGCGACCGCCGCUUCGGAGGGUGCCUGAAGGUGACUGGGCGUGUCCAUACUGCGAGGCAGAGGGCUCCGGAAAGGUGGUCGAGCGGCCCAGGCCGCCUGAGGGCAAGCGCAUCGUGAGGACCGCCAGGGAGAAACUCCUUUCCAGCGAUCUGUGGGCUGCACGCAUCGAGAGUUUAUGGAGGGAGCCUGAUGGCACAUUCUGGGCGAAGGUCAGGUGGUACAUUAUCCCUGAAGAGACUGCAGCAGGAAGGCAGCCGCAUAAUUUGAGAAGAGAGCUGUAUCGUACCAAUGACCUUGGAGACAUUGAGAUGGAAACAAUCCUUAGACAUUGUUCUGUAAUGAGCCCCAAAGACUUUAGGGAUGCUAAUGAUGGAGAUGAUGUAUUUUAUUGUGAAUAUGAGUAUGAUAUACAUUGGCAUAAUUUUAAGCGUCUGGCAGAUAUUGUUGAUGGGCUGGAGACAAAGGAAGAUCCCAAUGACGAGCCUUACAAUGCCGGAGAUGAUUAUAACAGUGACACUGAUGAAGAUUCAGAGUAUGAUGAGGAGGAAGAACCUACAUCAUCUUUCUCUGCCAGAAGGAAUCAAUCACAUGAAUUGGCAGCUAAUUCAAGGAAAGGUAGAAUAUAUGGCCUACAAAAAAUUGGGAUACGAAAAAUUCCUGAGCAUGUUCGGUGCCACCAAAAGACUGAGCUGGAGAAGGCAAAAGCAACCCUGUUAUUGGCAACUCUUCCUAAGUCAUUGCCUUGCAGGGAUAAAGAAAUGGAGGAGAUAUCUAUAUUUGUAAAGGAUGCAAUCUGCAAUGACCAAUGCCUAGGACGCUGCCUAUAUAUACAUGGUGUACCUGGUACUGGCAAGACUAUGAGUGUACUUGCGGUUAUGAGGAGGCUGAGAUCUGAAUUUGAUUCUGGAACUUUGAGGCCAUAUUGUUUUAUUGAAAUUAAUGGUCUUAAAUUAACAUCUCCAGAGAAUAUCUACAAGGUUGUAUAUGAACAGUUGAGUGGGCAUAGGGUUGGGUGUAAAAAGGCUCUUCACUUUUUAACAGAACAUUUUUCAGGUGGCACUAAAAUUGGAAAGCAAGCAAACCAGCCGAUUAUUUUGCUCAUUGAUGAGCUUGAUCUUCUUUUGACAAGAAACCAAUCGGUGCUGUAUAACAUUCUUGAUUGGCCCACCAAGCCAAAUUCAAAUCUAGUUGUUAUAGGUAUAGCAAACACAAUGGAUCUUCCAGAAAAGUUAUUGCCUCGUAUAUCAAGUCGGAUGGGUAUCCAACGACUGUGUUUUGGUCCAUACAAUUAUAGGCAACUGCAGGAAAUUAUAACAAGCCGUCUAAAGGGUAUUGGUGCCUUUGAGGAACAGGCUAUUGAAUUUGCUUCUAGAAAGGUAGCUGCUAUGUCAGGUGAUGCUAGGCGAGCUUUAGAGAUUUGUAGACGGGCAGCAGAGUUUGCAGACUACCGUGUUAAACAAUCUCGACAGUCUGCACAGGGUACUGUUUCUGCAAAUAAAGGUGACGGUGUUGUUUCCAUGGGUGACAUAGAAGCUGCAAUUCAGGAAGUCUUCCAGGCAUCGCAUAUUCAAGUGAUGAAGAAUUGCCCAAAGUUUGGAAAAGUUAUAUUGGUUGCCUUAGUUCAUGAGCUGUACAAAAGCGGACUAGGUGAAAUAAUGUUUGAUAAGUUAGCAACAACAGUUUUCUCCUGGUGCCAUGCCAACAGAGAACUAGUGCCUGGUUACGACACACUCGUGAAAAUUUGCUGCAAGCUUGGUGAAAGCAAGAUCAUCCUCUGCGACGAGGGUAGUAAGCACAAGUUGCAGAAGCUGCAGCUGAACUAUCCAAGUGACGAUGUGACAUUUGCCCUCAAGGAAUCCCCAGAUCUUCCUUGGCUAUCCAAGUACUUGUGA